AUUGUAGAAUAAAAAAACCCGCCCAAACGAGAGUAAAGCCAGAAAUCGCUGGCGUUCUUUCUUUCCACACUUUCGAAAAUUCUCCUUGGUCUUUUUCUUCUCCGAUUCAAUUUGAAAUUCCUCCGUUAAUAUCUUCCUGCAUCUCUCCAUUAAUGUCCUUCUAAAAAUCCUUGUUCAAUUUCUUGAUUUUUAUCAUUUCUCUCUCUUUCGUCUUCGAUUAAUCUUUGAAGAGGAAAGAGAUAAUCAACAAACGAUUUUCAUUCAUAAAGAGAGAGAUGAUUACGCGGCAUAAUUUGGCGGAGCAGCUAAGAGAAUACCAGAUUCGAUCCAAACACGAUUGGGCUUCUGCCUCAUUUUUUUCGUCCACUUCGAAUUUCACUUCAAGGGUGGAUAUAGUGGUCUUUGUAAUUUGGGAGCUCGUUAUUCUUGCAUUCCUGGUUUUCUCAGGAGUGUCUCUCUAUUUCAAACAUGUUCGACUUUCGUUUGUUUUAUUAUGUGUCACAUUGUUGUUACUUCUGUGCAUGAAAGUGACAAAGCAAAUACGUUUGGAACGUAAGAAGAAAAGAAGGAUGCUUCUACCAUUAUCAAUGUAAUGCUCUUAUGACAACCGCACCUGUAAAAUUGUGAGAUUAAUUUACUGUUUUCAUACUUCAAUUUAGCGCUCAUAUAUUUUUUUGACCAGCGUCUGAGUUAAUCUAAUGGUCAAAGUAGCUGAAGUACAUGAUAGUGGUUUGAUUAGUGUCAGUUGGAUGGCCAUCAUCAAUAUCUGUGUUGAACAUGCAAUUUUAAAGAAUAUAUCGUAUUGUAUCUCGUUCUGACCUAAAAGGAUUUUUACAGUGUAAGUAAUCUAUUGUUGUUCCAUUGAGCUCACAAUGUUUGCAUUGAGGGCCUCAGUCCACUUACCCUUUGUGGCGCAUAAAUUUGCACUCAUGGAGAAGAACUAGAACUGUGAAUCUUUGCCCCCAUCGAUCUCCACAGCACAAUGCACAAGCCACAAGCCACGGGGUUAGUAAUUGGUGUAUGGUGUUUGUUGACGUUGCUCAUAAUUUCUGCAAUUGCUGUUUUCCUCCAUUUGUACAUCUACUGAAUUUACGAGACUUUAAUAGACCAUUCUGGCUCAAAGAAGUGGAUUACCCUUAUGGUUUGUAAUAGACUUGCUACUUUAUUCUGAUAGGACUGCUUGUAAACUGCUAAGAAGACUGUUAUGUCUUCUUCGCUGUAUAGCUGAUCUCAACCCGACUAGGGCAUGGUUAAGGUAGGAUUAGGACUUCGACAGUAGUUGGACCGAGUUAUUAUGUUAUUGCAAACAUUUAGUGGCCUUUCAUUUGUAGUUGUAAUAUGUAAGCGAUAUACAAUAUAAAUUGCCAUUAAAGCUGACGAUGGUCUUUCCGGAAAUUAAGUUGAUUCUUUUUGAUUUCA